CUCCGAGAGGAAUGACGCGUAACCGAUCCAGACCCUGCCAAUCAUUAUCGCCUGCGCACGUGAGACAUGCACCUCCACAAACACCACCCCUACAUUGUUCGACCCCAGCUUCAUCGCCUCCAGUAACAUCCAUGCCAUGGGCAAAGAGUGGACUGGUUGGAUGAUAGGCAUAUCAGACGCGCCUCAUCCUGCGUGUUAUCGAUGAUGACUUCUCCAAUGCAUAGGCAUCCAAGGCUGCGCACUCAUCUUCACCUUCACUCAGCCAAUCCAGCUGACUUUAAUGGCGCACAGACUUGGCAGUCUCAAACUUAGGCUGUACAAGCAAAGCCUGACGCGCGCAUCAGCUACCCCGCUACACAGGUUCUGCCUUGCAGUUGCUACUCGACGCAUGCUACUUCUGUCACGCUGGCACAUGAAAUGUUAUGUUAACAAGCCAACAAUUCAACCAAGGAUGUCGCAAUCCGUGGCUCAGCCUCUCGCUACAAGAUCAGGUACUCGUGACGAAGGUGGAAUCCCAAUAGCCACUGGGGAGCAGAAGUCAGGUCAAGAGGUCGCCCCGAUAAAGAAACGCCAACGUGGUAGAAAGCGCCAGCACAAGUACCUGGAUACAGCAACAGUGGAAGCCGAGAGUUCAGUAGCAUCCAAUGCGCUACAGGCCCAUGAGGCAGUUAUUGACGGCGCUCCCCAGCUUACAACGGCGGGGACUGCAGUAGUCAAAGAGGACGAUGCUCUACAGAUGAAGGCACGAAAGGCGCGUCCUUCAAAACUAGAGCGUGCUAGGCGAAAUGGAGCGAAAACAUCCCCGUCUGUAACGACUUCUUUCGCGUCAGCAGAAGUCGCAACAGUGAAGGUGCCAUCGGUAGCAGUCAAGGGAAGACUUCCAAGAUCAGCUCAAGGCGAAAAAUUUCCAUCAAAGGAAAUAAAGACUCAAACUGCCAAAGCAGGACAAUCCCGGGCACAGCCUUCACUGCAGGCGCCUUCUUGGAAAACAUCAUGGAUGUACCGAGAGACCACCGGCUCGCCUGUUCGCACGAUAGAAGCAUCAGCACUGGAGCCAGAUACCACCAAGGUAUCGUCUGCGCGUGGCUUCGAGACUUUGUGUAGCUACAACUGGCAGUGUGAUGGAUCCAUAUAUGUUCCUGGUGCACCCCCAAGGUGGAAUCCUCCACCACUGCCGACCACUCUUGCUCAGGACUCAGGGAGACACUUCGUCGAUCAGAACGCAUCUCGCGUGCCCAAGUAUCCUUUCGAGCCCGUCUUCGCGGCCCUUGCUGUGAUGGGACCCAACGUCAUGCUAGACCAAGUCCACAUCAUCGCCAACCGCAACAGUCUGCGCAAGCUACUGGAUUUUUCCGCUGGGAGGAAACUGGACACUUUCUGCAUGGGCUUACACAUGGUUGGCGAAACGCUCAUCAUUAGCCGUAAAGAACGGAACGCUCAGCAAAUGAUUCAUGGUUCACCGAAUGCGGGCUUUGGACAUAACUUCGAGAAGACCUUCACGGUGCCUGAUCAUGAAAUGGGGAACUCUAGCAGUCAUCACAGGGUCGUUCGGUACCAUAUCGGCCCUUUGGACUGCGUUGUCCGAUUUGAAGUCGAUGCAUAUUAUGACGACCUGGAUGUUGCUCUUGACUCAAAGUUCAGACAGCCUGUGGAUGAGCCCGUUGGCACCGCGAGCGCUGCUAUGGCACAGCUGAACAUCGCAGGUCUGCCACCAACUCCAACCAAUCCUCGAAAGACUCCCGCCGAUAAGCCUACUGUAGUUGUUGAAAAGGGAGUCUUCAUCAACCCGUCCAAGCUCGCGGAGAUCAAAGCCAAGAAGACCGCACGUCUCACAGAAGCACUGCCGCAGCUUUGGUUCGGCCGUACGCCCUACUUUAUGAACGGCAACCAUGACAAGGGUACGGUGCACUCGGUGAGCAUCAGUCAUGCUGAGAAGGAAUACCCCCGAUGGGAGGAAGCCAACCAAGACAGGCUCCGCAAGAUGGUGAGUUUGCUUGCAGACCUAAGGGAUGACGUCGCGCGUACAAAGGAGCACGCAGCCAUACUCGUCUACGAUGAGAAAGGUGGGCCAUUGAAGGUAUAUGCGAUGAAGCAGAAUCAUGGCGUACUGCCUAGCGAAAACAUCGCGAAGCACUGGACCAACGCUGAAGGUAACGCGGGAUAAGGAGUCAUUCAAACGGCAGAACCUGCUUCUACAUCUACAUAUAUGGCCCUAUAACAGUAUUGCAAAACCGCCAAACUGAACACCCUACUAGGAAGCUGGGUAAUCUGAGACUCUAUCCUGGCACGUCAGUAGGUGCCUCCUGC